GAAUGGUGAACCGUGGGGGCUCGGUCAAAACUCCUUCCUCAUCUCAACGCGUCAUCCUCGACGAAACAUUUCGCCGAACGAGUGCCGCGCGCCGCCCAAAACCCCCAAUCCCAACCAAAACCCUACGCUCUCCCCCGCCGCGCCAUGCUCCACUCCGGCCUCUCCAAAUCCCAGCCCCUACCGCUCCUCGCGGCAGCGUCUUCACCUCGCCGCGCUCUCCUCGCCGGCCUCCUCCGCGCCGGGUACUUCUCUAAGUCCGUUACCUCCUCACCCACGCAUCGUCCGACUACAACGGCCGCCACCCGUACACUGGGAGGUCACUCGCGCUUCGGGCUGGGAUCUAGGGCUUCGUUCUCCACUGUACCGGAUGGUUCUGAUUCGGUCAGCGGCGGGAGGGCACUUCCUUGGCUUGCGGCCACCAGUGUAGAUAGCAGCGCCCCCAGUGCGAGGGCUAGCGCAGGUCGCUCCUCUUCGUGGGAGAGUUCUGCUGAUAAGUUCUUCUCCAAAGGCAACCAAAUUGAGCAAAUAGAGGCAUCGGAAGAUAGGGUUUCGUACAGAGAGGGGGCAAUUAGAGUGGAGAACGAGACAAUCGACAAUCCGAAGUGGGGCAGGAUUAAGGACAAGUUUCGGAGAAACGUUGCAAGGGAUGGAGGACCCCGUGGCCGUGGUGAGAGGUUUAGAGGGGAGAGGUUCGACAAGCCGGAUGUGAGGCGGUGGAACAAGCAAGAGGACUGGGGGAGGAAGACAUGGAAGGAGGCAGGGGAAUCGACUGUGCCGAAGAUGGUCGGGGAGGGGGUUUACGGAGUCGGUCCAGUACUUGCGGCUCUCAUGGCCGGGAGGAGGGAGUUUUAUGCAUUGUACACACAAGAAGGGAUGGAUUUGAGCAGGAGCAACAAGAAGAAGAAGGACAAGAAGGGGGUCGAGAAGGUGCUGCUUAUGGCAGAGACAAUGGGGCUUAAAGUUAUUGAGGCGUCAAAGCAUGACCUCAACAUGGUGGUAGACAACCGACCACAUCAAGGCCUGGUGCUUGAUGCAUCACCCUUAGAAAUGGUGUAUACUAAGGAGUUGGAGCCAAUCAGGGUGGAUGGUGGAAAGGCACCUGUCUGGAUAGCCUUGGAUGAGGUUAUGGAUCCUCAGAACUUGGGCGCCAUAAUUAGAUCUGCCUACUUCUUUGGUGCCGAGGGUGUUGUGUUGUGCGCUAAGAAUUCCGCUCCAUUAAGUGGAGUAGUGAGCAAAGCUAGUGCAGGCUCGCUUGAGUUGAUCGAGCUGCUUUCCUGUAGGAACAUGAUGCAGUUUUUGUCUUCAUCUGCUGAAAAUGGGUGGCGAGUUAUUGGUGGUACCGUUGCUCCUAAAGCAAUACCUCUCUCUGAAGUUGCCACAGGGGAGCCAACAAUUCUUGUAUUGGGCAGUGAAGGCACUGGUCUGAGGCCCCUGGUUGAGCGAUCCUGCACGCAUUUGGUCAAAAUUGCUGGUAAUGUCGAUGGAUUUGUUGUAGAGGAAGAUACAGAUGCCACGGAUGCAGAUAUAGGGGAACAAGGUGAUAAUUAUUCAGGUAAUCAAGAUAUGAAAUCGUUCCUCGCGGUAGAGAGCUUGAAUGUCAGCGUCGCGGCAGGAGUUUUGCUUUAUCAUCUUGCUGGAAAGAAUGUCCGUCCUGUAAGUGAUUAGCCUAGCAUCUCUCUUAUGUAAGGAUGUUCCAUAUUUCAUCCAUACCAUGAUUAUUGAUGUUUGUUCUUCUUUACUCCCACUAAGAAUUGACUUUAUUUCUAUUUGAUGCUUUGAA